CGCACGGCCACAUGUGGCUGUACAGGACAAAGAGACAGCAAGCCCGACUUGAUAUUUUGUGGAGCCUUGGUUUCUGAAGCUUUAGCAUGCCAUGCGUGACGCCAAAACCACCCGCGCGCAUCAUCCUCGUUCGCGUCACAUCUCCAUUGAACAUUGCUAGACACCCACUAGCCGCGUGCAACCGACCGCAAUGGCCGACUACGAUAGACGCCAGUCUAGUGGUUACGGAAAUCGCAAAAGGCGAUACAGAGAUGACGACGAUAACUACGAUCGCCGGCAGCAGCGCCGAAGGAUUGACUCUGCGCCUGUGCCUGUACGUCUUCGCCGGCAGCUUCUGGGCAUUGCCGAUUCCCCGCUGCGGGACUGGGGCACCGAGGUCCAGUCCAUCGCACGGAUGAUUACAGACAACCACGAUGACGAGCAGCUGCGCAAUACCUUUCUCGACCUCGCGAUGCAGCUGGCCGUCGAGCAGCCGCUGAAGACUCCAUUCGUAGCUGGCGUGGUUCUGGUUGCAAACGCCACCAACCCCGAGCUCGCGGCGAAGACUCUCGGCCGUCUUUCGCAGGCAAUCGACAGCAACAUCUCGCAAGGGGAGUGGCGGCAGGUCAAGCUCCUUCUCAAGUUCCUGGCAUGUCUCCAGCCGUGCUUGGAAGGCGAUGGCGUGUUUCCGCUGCUCGAGGAGCUAUUCAGCCGAGCAGCCGACUUGCAAACGGCGAGCUCCGACGACACUAUUGGCACGGAGCUCGUUAAAAUUAUUCUCCUGACAAUCCCGUACGCCAUGGCGGCGGCACCGGAGCAAUUUCAACAGAAGGCGGCGGAUCUGAUGGAGAAGACCGACAUCAUCGCGUCGGAACCACACGCGCUCCAGGCACUGGUGGACCCCUACCAUCCCGAGGGCAAGCAGGAGAGCCCAUCGGCAACACUGAGCCUGUGCAUGCUGCUGCAGAAGCAGCUGCAGGCCGAGGCGUCCAAGAGCUGGGAGCUUGCUUGCCUGCCUCGCCCCUGGCAGCUACCGCUGGAGGAGAUCGAGGCCCAAGACAAGGUCGCCAACGCAACGAAACACGCUCUGCCAUCCAUCACUGUCCCGGCUACGGUGAUUGCGGGUCCUCGUCCGCUUUUCCCGGAGGUCUGGCUCUCCGUCUACUCCGAGCAAGACGUCGAGUCGGUGCCGGGGACCUCCACGCUGGCUUCGUCACUGAUCCGAGACGGCCUCGUUGACACCAUCAACGUGCUCGAUUUCAACAGGCACGCUGUUGCUAGAUACCUCACGGAUCUUGACUGCUACUUUGCCGAUGGCACGUUCGUCAAGCGCGCGACGCCGUUCGACGAGCUGCGGAAUUUCCCCACUGGCCGCAACACGUGGAAGCCAGAAGACGUGGCCGUUGAUACCGUCUUUUCACAGCUCUUCCAGCUGCCCAAGCCUGAGCGCAAGGUCGUUUAUUACCACUCUGUACUGACAGAGGCCUGCAAGCUUGCUCCGGCUGCCAUCGCGCCAAGCCUCGGCAGAGCUAUAAGAUAUCUCUACCGGAACAGCGCGCGACUGGAUUUGGAGCUCAGCUAUCGGUUCCUUGACUGGUUCUCCCACCAUCUCAGCAACUUUGGCUUCACCUGGAAGUGGGCUGAGUGGGAGGAAGACACGGACCUCCCUGAGCUACAUCCUCGGACGUGGUUCCUGAUCGGAGCGUUGGACAAGGAGGUCAGGCUUAGCUUCGCGCCGCGCAUUGAAAAGACCGUCCCUGAGCCGUACAAGAAGCUCAUCGGCCCCGAGAAGGAGAAGGACGUCCCGGAUUUCAAGUACAAAAAUCCUGCAACGCCAUUCUCUGCCGAGGGUAUGGAGAUUGGCGCCAUGCUUCGACGCAAGGCACCCGAUGAAGAGUUCCAGUCCGUCAUUGACAGCAUCCAGACGCAGGCCAACGCGCAGGCUCUGGACCCCGUCGUGGCUAGCACAGAGGUUUUUAUGACGGCCGUGUGUUGGGUGGGUUCCAAGUCCCUUAGCCAUGUUCUGGCCUGUAUCGAUCGGACCAAGGGCAGGCUGAUCGAUGCCGGCUCUGCGUCGCCUGCCGCUCGGGCGCAGAUCGUGUCGGCCGUUAUGGACUACUGGCAUGCGCACCCGGGCGUGGCGCUGAGCAUCAUCGAGAAACUGCUCAACUACGCGAUCCUAACACCGUACUCCAUCGUCGACUGGGCCCUUGCGGGUAGCACGCCCAUCAACGGCGCGGAUGGCGGCGAGUCCCUCGGCCGGCCGCACAUCUUCGAGCUCGUGUCCAAUACCGUCGCCAAGGUGAGCGGCCGCGUGCGCCACCUCCUCAUCUCGCCCGACACGGACGAUGAGACGCGCGAAAGAGAGGUCAAGGCCAUGCAGGAGCUGUUCCGUGUGGCCAACGACGCGCUCGCCAGUUGGGCGGGCGGCAGCAAGGACGAGCUCAUGGAGGAGGGCGACGGCUCAAGCGACAAGGAAGCCGCGAUCCGCCGCUGGGGCCAGCGCUGGCUGAGGGUGUACCAGCGCCUGGCGGCCAUUGAGGACGCGUUUGCGUUGGAGGCGUCCAAAGCCAAGGCGGACAAGAUGGAUACUGCUGUCGCGGAUGGCGUGGAUGGUGCUUGAUGACACGGCGGAUGUUGUUGCAUCUUCGCCUGGUUUGCUUCAUCGUUGCUUUGGUCGUUGCUUUGCGUUUCAGAGCCCGCCACAGGAUGGGGCCCGGUAAGGUUUCCGCAAGGGCAGGACUGGGGAGGGGCCAAAAUAGGAUUGUACAAUAAUCUUUCAGUCUGGCAGGGGCCGCGUUUAGAAAACGUUGCC